AUGGCACAAAACCAAACCACAUUUGUGAAUCAAAAGCUAGUGUUUUUGGGGAAUUCUAAAGAGAAAUAUGAUUUGGUGGACUUGUUGAGAUCAGAAGCAAUGUUAUUGGGAAAGGGAACAUUUGGAAGUAGCUACAAGGCAGAAUUGGAAAAUGGGAAAACUGUAUUUGUUAAGAGGUUAAAAGAUUGUUGUUUGGUUCAAGAGGAAUUCAAGAAAAAGAUUCAAGAAUUGGCAAAAUUGAGUAAUCAUCAUGAGAGUUUGCUUCCUCUAAGAGCUUAUUAUUAUUCAAAAGAUGAGAAGCUUCUUGUAUUUGAUCAUAUGCCUAUGAGUAGCUUGGCUUCCCUUUUGCAUAUAAAUGGAGAGACUAAGAGAUCCCAACUCACAUGGAAAGUGAGAACUCGAAUCGCUUAUGGAGUCGCUCGUGGCCUCGAAUUUCUCCAUGCUCAAGGUCCUAGCGUUUUUCAUGGUAACAUAAGGUCAUCCAAUGUUCUACUCACCAAUUCUUUUGAUGCUCGUCUCUCAGAUCAUGGAUUAUUUAGACUUUUCAUGUCAAACCCUACAUUAUCCCUCAACGGGGGUUAUCAGGCACCAGAAGUGGGAUAUGCCUACGACAUUUCUAAAAAAUCAGAUGUUUACAGCUUUGGUGUCCUGUUGUUGGAAAUACUGACUGGUAAUGCCCCGUUAGAUGCCAUUGACAAGAACAAAGGGAUUGAUUUGCCUAGUUGGGUUCGAAUAAUGUUUCAAGAAAAGCCUAUUAUUGAUGUUUUUGACAAGAAUAUGGUGCAAAAUUACCAAGAAUUUGGAGAUCAAAUAGUUCAAUUGUUAGAACUAGCAAUUUGUUGCACUUUCAAGAAUCCUACUAAAAGGCCCUCAAUAAUCGCAGUGGCUAAUCAAAUAAAAAGGACAUUAUGA